AUGUCUGCCAUCGAUAGCUUAAGCUAUUUUCAAAGCCAUCGAUUUGUGCUGGAAAUACUCUUCUUUGAUCCCGACAAACUGGAAUCCGGCAGGAAGUUAUACUCCUUUGGCACCAUUGCAGUCAGUCUGCUUUUCACCUUCGGAUAUCCCUUUCACCUGGGAAUGAAGCUAUUCCGGAAUGAAACAAAGGACCUGGAUAUGAUAAACGUGGCCACAUUCCUACCAUGUUUGGGUUCGUCUUUAAAAUUCCUUAUAUAUGCUUUUAACUACAGAAAGGUACGACGAAUGAAGGAAUUGCUAAGAUUGCUAGAUGAGCGAGUUAUUGGAUUGAAUCAGAGGAGUAUUUAUGCCGAAGUUAGGUGGCAUUUGCGUUUAAUACUGUGCUUAUUCAUUGGAGUCUACACCCCCUGUGGUUUAUCCGCCGUGUUGAUGUUUCUGUUUGCAGAAGAUUGGCGUCUUAUGUUUCCCGGCUGGUUUCCCUUUGACUGGCGAAGUUCUCUAUGGAACUAUUGCCUAGCUUUUGGAUAUCAAACGACCGGCCUCUCGUAUCAAUUGCUUCAAAAUUACAUAAGCGAUUGCUUUCCGUCGGUGGUUUUAUGUCUCAUCACGUCUCACAUUAAAAUGUUGUACUGUCGGUUGGAGGAAAUCGGACAGAAUUCACUGGAGGAUGCGGAAAAAGAGCUGGAAAGGUGCAUUACGGAUCAUAAGAAUUUGCUCGAACUUUUUCAGAUCACAGAGGCCUUUAUGUCGCUGCCCAUGGCUCUACAAUUCUCCAUUAGCGCCUUUACCAGCUGCUUUGGGAUCGCAGCACUCUUCUUUUUUGCCAACGGGCCCAUGGUUAGGGGCUAUUACAUAACCUAUUUCGUGGCCAUGAUCCUACAAAUCUUUCCGUGCUGCUACUUUGGAACUGAUUCGGAGUUCUGGUUCGGCCGCUUGCACUAUGCUGCCUUCAGCUGUGACUGGAUAGGUCGGGAGAGAACCUUCAAGCGGAAGCUCAUGCUGUUUGUGGAAAGGUCCUUGAAGAGGAACAAGAUCAUGGCGGGCGGAAUGAUGCCCAUUUCGGUGGGCACCUUCUUUGCUACCCUGAAGUUUGCCUACUCACUGUUCAUGAUAAUUCUACAGAGGAAUUAA